AAGCGCUUUAUGUAGCAAUAUUAAAAAUCCGAUAUUUGAACCAAAUGCGUAUUUCCUAUGAGAGUUUUCAACAAAAUAGGUGGUACUUAUUGUGAGACCCUCGUAGUCCUAAUUUCACUGACGAAACAAUUUUUAGUUGAUGCUAUUUACAAUCUAGGUCGCCUUUAAUCUCUGAUUUCUCAAAUGUCUAGUUCUGUAGUUCCAUGUCAAAGCUUUAUUUAUGUUUUUCUAACCUCCAAUUAAAAAGCCGGAAAAGAGAUUGUUCAAAUGUGCGACUGCUAAAUCAUUUUUCUUCACAUAAAUUUUAACAAUACGCUGUCGAUUGCAACAUUAAUGUUGGUCACAGUUUACUUAUCUUCGAUAGAUCUGCAACGUGGUGUGCAACUACAUGUUUACCUUGGUGCAAUUGCCUGAUCAUGUAGAAUAGUCGACGAAUAGAGGCAAAAGUUUUUUCAAAGUAUGAAUAAUAAAUUGUUAACUGGUUUACGUACAACAAAAAUUGAAAUUUCUGUUUACUUCUUUGUAUGGAUCACAGCAAUUAUUUAUUCAAUAUACAAAUUUUCAUUGUCCUGUGCUGACUUUUUUCAGGACCAUAUUGAUGAAUAUGGAGAUUUUGAGGAAGGUGUACCUUUCCUAUCUGCCAAAAGAGAUAAAGCUGAUUUUGAAUGGGAAUCUGUACUGUAUUUUCUAAAUUUCAUUUAUCCAUGGGGAAUUUUACACCUUUUUAUAACUGAGUUUAUUACAAAAUGUAAUUUCUCUGUGAAGGUGACAAAAAUCAGCCAAAUCUUAUUUACUUCAUUUUAUCUGACAAUCAGUGGAGGAUCAGUAUUAUUCACCCUUCUGCUGCUUCAACCUGUGAUAUUUUAUGUGACACAUUGUAUAAAUGCCAAAACAAUAUUCAAGUGGAUAUGCUCUUUAAUUUCAUUGGGACUGAUAAUAUUAUACAAGAAGGACUACACUGCAACUGUACAAGAAGCUGCAGGUGUAAAUGAUUACCAGAUCUAUUUAUUCACACUUAGUCUCAGUUGGAUGAAUCUCAAAUGUACAAGUUUUUAUUUAGAGGAGAAGACUGGCAAUAUUUUAGACUUUUUCAGCUAUUGUCUUUAUUUUCCUACAAUAUUUAUGGGACCUUUCAUAUUACAUGAGGAUUUUAAGGUCAAAUAUAGCCACUACACACCAACAAAAAUGAGAGUAUGGUGCUUUAUAAAGAAUGUUUUGAUCACCUUAUUUUGGUUUUUGUUUGAAGGGGUGAUGUUGCAUUUUGUGUAUGUUAAUGCAGCUGCAUUCCAUCCAUUGGAGUUUUUGCAGAACCUUGAGAGUUGGGCAUUUUAUGGAUUUGGCUAUGCCAUGGGACAACACUUCCACAUCAAGUAUGUUGUGAUUUACGGCCUAAGCACAAGCCUGUCAUCAUUUGAAAAUGUAAUGGUACCGCAUUUGCCAAGGUGCAUUGGAAGGAUACAUUUAUAUUCUGACAUGUGGAAAUAUUUUGAUGCGGGUCUCUACAAAUUCUUAGUGAAACACAUCUAUAUCCCCAUUGUAAAAUUGACGUCUCUUAAGCUUCUGGCCAGCAUGGCAACAUUCGGUUUUGUGUACAUUUGGCAUGGUACUGCAACAUAUAUUCUUAUAUGGUGUAUCCUCAAUUAUAUAGGAAUAGUCCUAGAGCAGACAUGCUCUCCACUAUUAUCAGUCAAGAAGUCGGAGGGGAUCAAGUUUUUUCUUGAUUGGCCAAGAAGAAUGAGAUGCUUCUUUGGUGCAGUAUUAUUGGCUGUAUCGGCCAUAUCCAAUUUUUAUUUUUUUGGAGGGAAGAAUAUCGGAGAUCUAUUUUUCAGAAGACUAUUUGCAGACAAUUUACCCAACACCAUCAUACUGCUAUUUAUCCUUUACUGUGGUGCUCAAGUGUCUACCGAAUUAUGUCCAGUACAUGCAAGAAAAUGUGAUAAUAAUCCAAUAAAAAUGAAGUAUUGACAAAAACAA